ACGCAAAGAAAACAAAAAUACAGAAUCCAAUGGAAAAAUUUGAAACAUUGUUGUCGAAUAAGCUUUUCUUGAAGUCACUAGUUCAAACAUUAGAUCGGCCGAAUAUGCUGACAAUGCAAGAAAAGGCUCAUUUUUCUUCAGUUUUGUCGAUUUCAUUGCUUGGAAAUAUGAGACUCUUUUUUGAAUUGGUUCAUUGUUUGCUGGUAGACCUUAUUCAGACCUCAACUAAAAAGAACUAUAAAAAUUUAUUUAGAAGGUUAGAUUCAAUAACCAUGAGAUUAAUGGUCAAUUGGCUACAGACAGGACUGUAUAAGCAAUUAAGAUCACACAGUGGUAUGCAAUUGUUCAUGUUAUACAAAGCAGUACAGACAAUUAUUGAAAUGGCACCAGUUGAUGCACUUACAGCUAACUCUAAAAACACCAUUGCAGAGGAAAAACUACUUAAAAUGAGGAUUGAACAUCAAACUAUUACUUUACAAAUAGAUUUGAAUGGAAACAGUGACCAGCAUUAUCCUGUUAAAGUUCUUGACUGUGAUACAAUAUCACAGGUAAAACAGAAAUGUUGUGCGCAGAUAUAUAAGAAUAAACCUGCUUCAGAGAUUCCACACAAUGAUGAACUGUCUUUAGAAUGGCAAGAAGGAAGAUCAGGCAAACUUACUUUGAAUGAUAUCGACAAUACAAGUGACAGAAACAACGGAUUGAUCUGUCUAAAUACCCUAAAACAUUAUAUGGUUACGGACAACUGUAGAAUGGCCCUUAUGUACAAGCACAUUGACGAAGAAGAUGUAUAUGCUAAUUCAUCAGGAGUUCGAACAGAAAGUGUUACAUCAGAGGAUAUUCAAUUACUGGUGUCGGGUAGUGAUGAGGGCGAGGAUACAGAAACGCAAAAAUGGCACUUGGAAACCUGUUCGGUAAGUAAACUGAUGUCCUGAUUGUCAUGUUAAC